AGAGAAAGAAAAAACACAAACUCAUGAAAAGAAGAAACACUCAGAUGAAGAUCACCGUGCUCUCAACAGUUUUACUAGGAUGUCUCUUGGUCAUGAAUGUCCAAGGGGAUUCUUCACCAGGUAAGAUAGAGAACAAAAACAAGCUUGGAGAUGCUGCUCAAGAGGAAGCAUUUGUGAGAAGUGGAGCUGGUCACGUGAGGAAGAUUGGAGGAAAGAAAUUCAGCAGAAAGGAGGUGAAAUAUGUUGCAGAUGGAGAGACUUCAAAGAUUUCAGGUAACGAUAACCAUGGUUUGAAGCCUUCUGGAUCAUACCAAAACAAUGAGGCUCAGAAGUUUGUGAUAAUGGAGCCAAAACAAUAUUUGAAAUCCACCAAAUUUGUUAUCCGAAGAAGUAUAUUUACCAACACGAACUUGAAGUCAUGUUCACCAGAUUGCAAUUCUGUGUCACCUAAACAAGGAAUUUCUGAAGAAGCGGCAAAAAGUAGUGCGCAAAAAGACGAGACACAGAGAUUUGCUGAGGCUGCAAAAGAGAUUGCAAGCCUGAUAUAUAAGGAUUAUAGGGGAAAACCAAGUCACAGGCCACCCAUCAAUAACCAAGAGCCUAGAAAUUGAGAUUAGGAGUAAUGACAUGAAUAUAUAUAUAUCUUGGUUCACAGAUUUUGCACCAAGUUGUUGUGUUAAUUAGCAGCUACCUGGUAUAAUGGCCUAGAUAUAUAUGUAUGAUAUAGGUUUUUGCUUUAUAUUAUAGUUUUUGAUGCGGCAGAAAGGUAUGAAAAACAUAGGACUUAUAACAAAUAUAGUUGUUCGUUAAUUUCAGUUCAUACUAAAAAUAGGUAUGUGUAGCAUGCAGUUGGAG